GUCCUUGCACGGCUCGUUUUCUUCGAGCCCUGCUUCUCCCUUCCCCCUCUCCCCAGGAACCGACCGUUUGGAGUAUAGCCAAGUGGUAAGGCAUCGGUUUUUGGUACCGGCAUGCAAAGGUUCGAAUCCUUUUACUCCAGAGCAUACUUACUUAUUCUAGUUCUAGAAAAAAAAAGAAAGUAUCAUCCCUAAAUGAAAGUAGAUUUACAUUCUUAUUCUAUUUCUAGGGGGAAUGUUGAGGCAAACUUACGAUGCUGACAAGCUGGUUAGGUGCCGAGUUGGAUUAGACAUCGCAGGUUUCAGUUUAAGAAUUGGGAAGAGGUUAAGAACCUAGUGGAAUCCACUGCGAGGGGAAGAUUAGGGUAGAUGAGUACCGAGCGGAAGAAGAAACCUAUCACGGCUAAUUCCGUGGUUCAAGAUGUGGUUUCCUGUGCGUACCUUGAGCUGCUGGAGGAAGAGGACGGGUGGGAUGCCUGUAGAGAAGUGCGGUCAGAAACCAAACCCAUUGACUUCUUAUUGUUCUUUAGGGUGAAGUCAGAUUCGUAAAACAAGGCAGCAGAUAAGCUAAGGCGAUACAUAACUCUCCUCAGUUUAGAAGACGAUAUCUUUCCCCCUUAAACCUCAAGGAAGAGAAGGGCUAAGCAUAUACCAGUGUUUUCCCAACGGCACGAAGCGAAUCUUGCAAGCCCUACGCACGCCUAGAUUGAUAUUCACAAGAACUACUACGUACGGUAUUCACAAGAACAAUAAGUUGAGAGGAGGAGCAAUAAAACAGGACGAAAGCAGUGGGAAGAAAGCGAUGCCCGGGCGAUGGUAGUACGAAAAGCUCGACUCCUUUGGAUUCCGGAUUAGAAGUAGCUCCGGCUGCGGCUAGAAGGCAGUUAUCAUAAUUUGAGGAUGAUGGAUCAAGCUAGAUCGUAUUAUAAAGGAACGAGGCCCAUCUAUAUCUAUAUCUAUAGUAGGUGGGUCCCAGCUCUUUUUUUCACGAGGGUCAGUGCUAAAGCUCCUAAGUAGUCCACUAUACAAUAAAAGAAUCGAAGCCAGAGGAAACAAGUGAAGGUGGAUCAGCGAUUCCUGCUCAGGUGGUUCCAAAACUAUAAACUAUUCCUCUACUCGCUAUGCGAAAAAAACCUGAUAAAAUAAGUAUAGUCUAGAUCGUACUCAUGAAACUCAUAUAAGAACAAGGUAUUGAAAUUCAUCUUUACAGAUCGGAGGAAGAGUAGGUUAUUCAGCCCGAGACUCGAGAUGAUCGAUCUUGAAAUGAGAAGAGAAGGACCCACCCAAUAAAUAAACUAUUCCAAUGACUUUGUUCGCUUCCCCUGAGGCAACGGCUGUACUCGGCACACAGACCUGGCUUAUGAGCAGGAUUUUUCAGCCAAGCCAAGUGCGUAUGGUUGCUACCUGUAUUCUGAUAGGCCACUUAAUGACACUGGCUCCCAGUUAUUGACUUAUGAAGAAUGGCUUCUCGAUGGAAGAGAAACAAUAAUAGGAAAAUAGGAAGCUGCAAUCAGAACCGGCUAACUAGACAAAAGGAGAGAGAUUGGCUCAGUUCAGUAGGAGGAAUUUCUACCGAUUAUUGAGUGGUUUGUUUCCUUUCCCCUGAAAGGUAAAAUGGUUUAUUUGCACCUGUAGUGGGACACCUCUCCCAGCUCCCAGCCAGGGUUCAAGCAGGAAACUAUGUUAAGGAGCUGAUCCGAAUACAGAUACAAGGCCCCCACUCAUCACAACGAACGGUGAGCUUUCCCACUAGCCUUCACAGGAGCAGCACAAUCAUGGCCAAAAACAAAAAAAAAGAUAUCGUAGUACGAGAAAACCAAUGGCAUUUCUCUAUUCUAAGUCUAAGUCUAAGUAGUUUCUUCUUUUCUUUUUAGAGGACCUGGCCAACUCUAAUUCCAAUGCUGCAAUCCUAUUGGUUUACUGAAUGAGGGUGGGUAGACCGAAACGCUGAAGUGUUGUUAUUUACUUCCUUCGAUAACAUAGAUUGUCCACUCUUAUGCCCCAUGCAUAAAAAUGGCUUGUGCUUUAGAAUAAAAGAAUAGAAAAAAAGUAGGUGGAUCGGGAUCGCUAUUACGAGUAUUCGAGUUCUUGUUUUCCUUUCCUUGGAAAGGGAAUUAUUUCAUGAGAAGUGCACCGGUAGAAAUUGGACUAAAUAUGAUCUUGAUCCAUAGCUCGUCCACUUUCUUGAUAAACGACUCGAUGCAUUGCAUUUUCUCUUCCUUGCCGCUGAGACAUAUCAAAAAGAUCUAUUACUAAAAGGAGAUUGGGAUCAUCCUGUGGUUACCGGAUGAUGGGAAUAACUAAGCAGAAAUUAGGAAAUGAGCACGAAAUGUCUAUAAAUGAAUUUUCUCAUUAUUUGUUAUUUCCGGGUCUUUUCGUUGCAUUCACUUACAACAAGAAACAACCACCAGCGUUUGGUGCAGCACCUGCAUUUUGGUGCAUUCUUCUUUCUUUCCUUGGUCUUUCGUUCCGUCAUAUUCCAAAUAACUUAUCUAAUUACAACGUAUUAACCGCUAAUGCACCUUUUUUUUAUCAAAUCUCAGGGACAUGGUCUAAUCAUGAGGGUAGUAUUUUCUCAUGGUGUUGGAUCCCAAGUUUUUAUGGAUUCCUUUUUUGUUACCGGUACCGGGGUCGACCCCAAAGCCAUAAUGUCUCAAAACGCAGAGGCUAUAGAGAAACUUUUAUUUUUUCCUUUGUCUCGAACUUCGUGAAGAACUCCAUUCUAUCUCUCCAACAAAAAAGUGGAGCUGCGCCCCAGUUGUACACUCCCUUCGUUCGGAGAACCCUUGUUGAUUCUGAACUUCGUUCGCAAAGUAAGCGUCCUUUUAACGGGCCAGCCCUUUUUAAUGCGCCGCUUGACCCAGUUUUGAAAAUGAGCUUUGCUCUUCUGGGCGCUGGGCGCUCCCGUGGUUCGCGAGAAGGAAAAAGGACUAAUCUUUUGUUACAUCUGGCACGAGAUGAAAAAGAGAGAGCUUCGUCUAUCGAUGAACAGCAGAUUGACGGAGCUCUUGGCAUUGCUUUGUUUUUCUCUCCUUUCCUAUCAGCGAGUUCCGAUCCUUUUGUUCGAAAUUUCUUCGUUCGUACCGAACCGCUUGCAGAAUCAAAUCCUGUUCCACAAGAUCCUAUAUCAGCUAUACAUCCUCCUUGCAUUUAUGCCGGAGACGUCGCCAGUGCUAUGGGCUUUGGGUUAUGUAGAUCAAAAAUGAUGAAUGGGAUUGUGGCACUCCACUCGCCGCCAAUGCGGAAGGAUGCCGCCGAAAAGAAUGGAACGCUGCUUCGCUCUGCUGGAUGCGUCGGAUCCCAUAUAAGAAGCUCGCUCUUUACCCGAUCAUUCAAACAUUUUGUGGGCGGCGCGCCUGCUCUAUUGUUGCGUAGCAAUAGAAGCCUGCUUCGGCGGCGCUUUUUCGCCUUCUCUUCGCUCUGGACAGGAGCGCUAAUGGACACGGGGAGGGAGCAGGCGAAGCGUGUUGUCGUUCGUAAUGGAAAGAAAGACACCACUACUUCGCCUCUUUGUUGGACCGCCGGCGCGAACACAGUGGUCUCUGACCAGGACCAGGAACCAAUUCGAAUUUGGAUCUUGACAUGUUGGUUGUUUUUAACCGUAGGCAUCUCGCCAGGAAGUUGGUGGGCUCAUCAUGAAUUAGGUCGGGGUGGCUGGUGGUUUCGGGAUCCCGUAGAAAAUGCGUCUUUUAUGCCUCGGGUAUUAGCCACAGCUCUUAUUCAUUCAGUAAUUCUACCCCUUCUUCAUUAUUGGACCUCGCUUCUGAAUAUUUUGACUCUUCCAUGCUGUGUCUCAGGAACCUUUUCAAUACGGUCCGGAUUGCUAGCUCCCGUUCAUAGUUCUGCUACAGACGAUACACGAGGAAGAUUUUUAUGGCGGUUCUUCCUUCUAAUUACAGGCAUAUCUAUGACUCUUUUUUACCAGAUGAAGCAGGUCCGUAGAACCUAUAAAAAAGAGAUGGUUGUGGCGCGAAGUACUCUUGUGCACCUACGUCACCCGGCUCGCGCGCAACCCCGCCCCGUUAUGUUAUGGAAGAAUUUAGCUUCUUGCUGGGCUGGUUAUUCCGAGCCAGCAACUGGCUGGCUGCCGGAUUUCGUCCCGUCCGUAGCGCUUCGGAAGUCACUCUGGCGUGGCGCUGCUGGAUACUUCUGAUCAAUAGGAAUAGGAGGAAAAAAAAGCUUAUGAUGAGCAUCUAUUGGAGUCGAUCAUUUCCAAGAUCUAAUUCGAGUUUCUUAUUAUGUAGUGGAAACGCCUUACAAUCUUCAGUUUUACGCUUACGCUUAAGGGAAGAAAUGUUCUUGGUGGAUGCAGGCCUUGGUACCCCAAAAAUUUGUAUGCAAGAUGAGCUUACAGGACUGCCAAUCAAGCGAGCCACCAGGUUUGAGAAUAAGGUGGGAUCCAAGAAUGUAGUGGCUGGUGAAUCACUGAUCAAAAAGCGGAUUUUUGAGAGAUUCUUCAUCGAUCUAGUGGCCGGUGAAUCACUGAUCAAAGAGCGAGCAGCCGCCGGGUUUAAUGAUUUUGUGGGAUCCCUGGAUGUAGCGGCUGGCGAACCGCUUCUUCUUCCACAAAGAUUCAGACAAAACCGAGCUUGGAUAGAACUGAAGAAGAUUUGGCGAACGAAGAAAAAGGUAAAAGGGUUUCAAAUUAAUAAAAUAGAAGGAGGUUAUUCAGUAGCCAUCGCAGGUUUCAUUACUUUUCUUCCAUUCAAAGCUAAAAAAAUAAAAAGGAUAGCGAAUGCUCGAUUCGCCAUUGAUAGCUUUAUCCCUAAAAGGAGGGAUAUUGUGAUAAGGCAGAUUCAAACAAGAACUUAAUGACAAGAUAGAAAAAAUUAUUAAUAAUCCGAAGCCCACCUUAAUCCAUUUUGUUGAGGAUCUUGCACUUAUUCCGGCCCUAUAUUUACAUAGCCAAGAAAGGCUCUGGUGAUCAUGCGUGACUGCGGAGCGCCUAUCGCCCUGGCACGGCACUCAAAAAUGCUGGGUUGGGCCAGCAAGAAGACUUCGACUAGGGAGACGAAGAAUGGAAUUGAAGAAGGCAGCAUAGUCUAAGAUAACAGAAUGGAACACCAACCAACGAGUAAGUGGUGGAUUUGGAUGGAGUCUCGCAGAAGAAGAGUACGCGCGCUAGCGCGCCCCAAGACGUCAGUCCUUUUUCUGCUUGCUGGCCAAGGUCAGUUUACUGAAUCCCUUCCAAACACCAACCCAAUCUCCAUUCCUUGAUGGGAAAUGAGCAAGACCAUAUGUUUCUAAAAAAUAUAGCCCCUAUAUAAACCUAGCCCUUACUACCCGAACUUCUGACCUUCAAAUAGGACUAACUGCCCGAACCCGCUUGCUUAUCUUCUACGAUCUAAUUAAGUUAAGCAGUGGUUAUUUUUUUUUUAAGUGACUAGAACUUCUAUUAACUACUAUUCUAGCACCCAGCUGUGCCAUGUGUUUAUUCUAUUUUGCAGGUAUUCCUUUGAAUAACUCAUCUUUUCAGGUAAGAAAAUUGGAAGAUCUUCUUAGUCAUAGUCAGCCUAUCUGUAUUCUUAUCCUAUAGUGCGGAUCCAAUCAGAUUUUAUGAAGCCAAGGCCUGACAUCCAUUGUGGGGAUUUUUAUCGGGAGACAUGGCCUGGUGGUUUCUGAUCGAGAUUCCUAAUCAAUAGGGCGAAGAGCUCUUCGCAUGAUCUGGUCCUACCUUUUUUUUUCUACGCUAUUUUUUUUCCCCUUCUCGGCUGCUGUCCUUACUCCGGAUAAAUUGGAACACAUUGAUUCCGUUCGUUCCUGCCCUUCGCUUCAGGCCAUAGUGCUUCUGAAUUAUUUCUAUACCCCUUUGAUGAUGCAGCCUCUGACUCUCGUGGGUAAACUCCUACUUGAUUAGUCAGAACUUCUCUGUCUCAACUCGUGGACCUAUCUAUCUUCUUCUUUAUAAGAGAUAGGGGUUUGCUAUUCUCACGGAUUGCUCAUAUUUAUUUACCCUACCCCAUUUCAAAGUUUGUGCCUUGUUUCAGCCCGCCCUUCCUUCAUCUGAACCUUCCAGUACUAAUCUAUCUUUAUGGGGAAGACCCCUCAUCUGACCUCCGAGCUACCCUGUCAAUUGUAAAAAGUAGUUGAGUCGUGUCUCGCAGGAGCAAAAAGAGUGAAAUGAGGACGUAAGCCCCCCACCCCAGGUCUUCCUCUUCCUUCUAAACUAAUUGCUUUCGCUUGACUCUUCCAGUAAAAAAGUAUACUGAGUGGUUGAAGGAAAGCGAAAAGGAAUGGCUUUUUCAUGUACCAGAUCCGGUGAGCCAGACAUCAAGCAAAAAUGGACAUACAAUCAAAGAGUAAGGAGCAGUUAUUUGCCGGGUGGAUUGAUCAGAGCUGCAAGGGGAGACUCGGUUAUGGUGCGAUAAAGAGCUUGCUUCAAUGCUCGGAUUCAGGUAGAAAGUAAGAGCAGUAGCAUAUUCAUAGGAGAGCUUUGUACUUUAAAUUAGUAGUCCCGGUAGUUGGAAAAAAGCUCUGAAUACAGAUUCAAAACAUCAAGAUAGGUAGUCCGAUCAUUAGUUGGCCAGUCAUAGCAAUUUAAGUAGAAAGCUAGCUUCGGGAUCAGAUCAUUCAACUAAAGCUGUCAGGCCGGGUAGGCUUUGAGGAACAUUGGGGGUUCCUUAUGUUGUGACUGAGCAGAUAUGUCUAUUGUGCCCGGCAAAAACGGAUUUGCAAGGAGUUUGCCAAAGGCUUUCUCAUUCGGAAAAACAAUUCAAAGUAUAUUUCCCUUCUCCAUUCUCUGCUCGGAUGAUUGCCGCUUGUGUGAAUUUCAUUGCUGCGGGUCCCGCGUGUGCUCGAAUAAGAUUGUUUUAGGAUUCUAUUUAGUUGAAUUUAUUGACUCCGCGGUGCUGGUUAUCGAGUUUAUGGCGCCGCCGACCAUCCAAUCCAAUCCAAAAAGUAAAAGAUGGCGUCGGCAUUUACUUAUUAUGCUCUCUUCUAAUAUAAUAGUGGUCCCCCAGGUUGGUAUUCAGGUUGUAAAAUCCUGAUAGGAAAGAGUCGACUGUUAGACCUUGUUUUUGUAAUGGCCUAUCUUCUUUAAAAAGCCGAAAGAUAAGGAUUUCUAAAAACUUUUGCGUUCCGGAUGCUGGUCUCAUGUUUGAUCUGGUAGCGAUUAAAGAAUGAAUCUUGCUCUGGCGAUCAUGGUGGGAUUGGUACACCUCUAUACGCUGUAAAAUGAAGGUACUCUUUAGUUCAUGCUACGACCGCCGAUUGUUCCUGUGACCACACGCCGUACCAACAGAAAACUAUCAACCUAUCGGUAUGGUUUGUUGUUCACGUGUUAUGAUCUCGCUCAUCAGAUUGUUCCCCCCUCCCCUGGUCAAUGGCGGUGAGUUGAUUGACCAAGGCCUUCCCUUACGACGAUGGAAUUUCUUCCAUCGGCAAGACUUUGUUUGUCUCCUUCAACUUUAAUGAAAAGCCUAGUCUCUCGAUACUAACUAAUUAGUUAGGAGAGGUGCUUACUUUUCUUUUGUAGUUAAGGAUUCAUACCCCAUCCCAUUCCUUUUUCUUUUCAAAGAAAACCUUACCAUUUGAGUUUUGGGCCGCUGUUACCAUUUCCAUUUCCGGAACCUAACUAAUACUUAGUUGUUUCCAUUUCCUCAUCUGGUGAUAGAUCCUCAUCUUCUUCUGGCUCAAAUCCCUUUUUCAUAUCCAGGGCAGGCUUUAGGUACGCUUUAGUUUUAAAUCAUUAAAGAUAUGCUCGACCUCGUUUAUGUCCAUGGUACCAUCGUACGUACCUUCUACUAUCAACCAGAUGAGAUAGGGCUUUGAAAGGUCAGAGUCAGUCUCCUCUUUCUUUUAGGUCGUUUAGCAGUUCCCCAACCAGCUUUCUCCCCGAGAAAGCCUUCCUGAGAUUAAAAGAAAAAGGUUUGAAGGUGGGAUCAGUGAUAGUUCGGAACCAGCAAAGGGAGGCUGAAAAGCCGUAGUGCUAACGCACGCCCUGUAGUUUUGAAGCAGGCUUCGACAGCUGCGAGCUCCGCGUCGAAAAGCGAAGCGAGCCGCGCUAGCGCGCUACUCUUCCUUUAUGAGAUGAGCGAGACUCUAUCCAAAUCUACUGAUCUAAGAACUCCGCGAGCGAACUGAGCGAGCCAUGAGGCGCCUAUCGGCAAGGCUUGGAAAAGCCUUAAGUUUAGGCUUAGGCUCCCUUCCUUCACUGAACUGAUUCACCCGGGUCCAAACCUGCUGAGCUAGCUAAUUUUUCCUUUACGAGAUCUCGGCUCUUCGGAAUGAUUGGAGAGAGCCCCGCCUCCUCUUGGUUGGUGCCGGGCCCGGGACUACUUCCUGAAAGAGCCUUUCGUUCGGGCCGGCAGGAGGGGCCCUGAUCUAUCAAUUGAGGGAGCAAAAAACAGGCUUUGCUCCCCUUUUUUUAAAUGAAGAAAGAAAGAAGGGUCGAAGUUUAGACCGCUCACAGUAGUUCUACCCAUAGAAAAGAUCAUGAAAGAGGCGAUCAGAAUGGUACCCGAAUCCAUUUACGAUCCCGAGUUUCCAGACACAUCGCACUUCCGCUCGGGUCGAGGCUGCCACUCGGCCCUCAGACGGAUCAAAGAAGAGUGGGGAACCUCUCGCUGGUUUUUGGAAUUCGACAUCAGGAAGUGUUUUCACACCAUCGACCGACAUCGAUUCAUCUCAAUCUUGAAGGAAGAGAUCGACGAUUCCAAGUUCUUUUACCCCACUCAGAAACAGUUUUCCGCCGGACGACUCGUAGGAGGUGAGAAGGGCCCUGACUCCGUCCCAAACAGUGUACUACUAUCGGCCCUAUUAGGCAAUAUCUACCUACACAAGCUCGAUCAGGAGAUAGGGAGGAUCCGGCAGAAGCACGAAAUUCCUCUUGUAGUGAAAAUAAGAUCGGUUCUAUUAAGAAUAGGUCGUCGUAUUGAUGACCAAGAAAAGUAUGGAAAAGAAGCAAGCUUCAACGCUCCCCAAGACAACAGAGCCCUCAUAGUGGGGAGGGUAAAGAGCAUCCAACGCAAAGCGACCUUUCAUUCCCUUGUUUCGUCGUGGCACACCCCCCCCACAAGCACCCCCAGGCGAAGGGGAGACCAGAAAACGCCUUUCGUUUUCCCUCCUUCCCUAGCCGCCUUCCUUAACAAGCCCUCGAGCCUCCUUUGCGCCGCCUUCCUCAUAGAAGCCGCUGGGUUGACCCCGAAGGCCGAAUUCAAUGGUAGAGAAGGCUUUAAUAAGAAUUUGGCCAUGAGAGACCUUCUUAAGUAUUGCAAAAGAAGGGGCCCGCUGAUAGAGCUGGGCGGGGAGGCGAUACUAGUUACCAGGUCAGAGAGAGGCCUGGCCCGUAAGCUGGCCCCCUUUAAAAGCCAUUCCUUAUUAAUAAGGAUUUGUUACGCGCGAUAUGCCGACGACUUACUACUGGGAAUCGUGGGUGCCGUAUUUCUUCUCAUAGAAAUACAAAAACGUAUCACCCACUUCCUACAAUCCGGCCUGAACCUUUGGGUAGGCUCCGCAGGAUCAACAACCAUAGCUGCACGGAGUACGGUAGAAUUCCCCGGUACGGUCAUUCGGGAAGUCCCCCCGAGGACGACUCCCAUACAAUUCUUGCGAGAGCUGGAGAAGCGUCUACGGGUAAAGCACCGUAUCCAUAUAACUGCCUGCCACCUACGCUCCGCCAUCCAUUCCAAGUUAAGGGACCUAGGUUAUAGUAUCCCUAUCAAAGAGCUGACGAAGGGGAUGAGCGGAAGAGGUCGUCUACUGGACGCGGUUCAACUAGCGGAGACUCUUGGAAAAGAAAGUCCCCAAGUUAGCGUAUUAUGGGGGACCGUCAAGCACAUCCGGCAAAGAUCAAGGGGGAUCUCGUUGUUGCAUAGCUCAGGUCAGAGCAAGGUGCCAUCAGGCGUUCAACAGGCAGUCUCACGAUCGGGCAUGAGUGUCCUGAAGAAUAAAUUGUAUACUCCCUUUGGUCGGAAGGCGGCGGGGGAAGGAAGGGGACACUGGGCGGGAUCUUUCAGCAGCGAAUUCCCCAUACAGAUAGAGGCGCCUAUCAAAAAGAUACUCC